CAGCUUCAUCGUUUGAGCGGGCCGGGAUCGUCUAAAGGUAAACCCCGAGCUGACUUUAACCGCAGUUCCGUUAAUCCUGAGCUCCCUGAGGAGGUCUCCCGCUGCUCUCCUCGUUGCUGCCGGUGCUCCACGCUAACCGGGGACGGUCAGCCUGUUUCAGGAGCCCCUGCCGAAACACCAGAAACACGCUGAUUAUCAGGAGGAGAGUGACGGAGCAGCAGAGGAACACUUUCAGCCGUUUGGACUCAGCUCAGCCACUACAGAGGAAACCAUGAGUUCAACAGAACAGGACCAACAUGGACCGAGAAGUCAGUGCUCUCAGGAGGCCGACAAACCUCAUGGAAGAAAGGGAGAAAAACAAUACAGCUGUGAUCAGUGUGGGAAGGGUUUUACUGGGAAGGACUCACUAAAUAAACAUUGUGUCACCCACACUGGAGAGAGACCAUUCAGCUGUGACCUGUGUGGAAAGUCUUACACCCAGCGUACACACUUAAAAAGACACCAAUUCACACACAGUGGAGUUAAACCAUUCAGCUGUGAUUUGUGUAGAAAGUCUUUUACACAGAGGAGUGACCUAAAAAGGCAUCAUGUCUUUCACAGUGAAGUUAAACCAUACAGUUGUGAUCAGUGUGGGAAGGGUUUUACCCAGAAACACAGCUUGGAAAUGCAUAAGUUCAUCCACAGCAUUAAACCGUACAGGUGUGACGUGUGUGGAAAAUCUUACACUCGAUCUGGACACUUAAAAAGUCAUCAGGUCGUCCACAGUGGAGUUAAACCAUUCAAAUGUGACUUGUGUGGAAAGUCUUAUACGCAGUCUGGACAUUUAAAAAAUCAUCAAGUCAUCCACAGUGGAGUUAAACCGUUCAAGUGUGAUUUAUGUGGAAAGUCUUUUACUGAAAUGAAAACCCUAAAAAGACAUCAAGUCUUCCACACUGGAGUUAAACCAUUCAGUUGUGAUCAAUGUGGGAAGUGUUUUACCCGUAAAGAAGGCCUGGAGAUGCAUAAGCUCAUCCACAGCGGAGUUAAACCUUUCAGCUGUGAUCAGUGCGGGAGAGCUUUUACUUGCAGGAAAAACUUAUGGAUGCAUCAAGUUACCCACUCUGGAAUUAAGGCAUACCGCUGUGACAUCUGUGGAAAAGCUUUCAGCCACCUAGGCAGCCUAAAUAAACACCAACGCAUCCACACCAGACAGGAUGUGUGCUCUUGUGAUUUGUGUGGCAAACUGUUUGUGACAUACAACAACUUACACAUCCACAAACUUACCCACACUGAGGAGAGACCUUAUAAAUGUGACCUGUGUGAUAAGGCUUAUAAAGCUCCAAACUCCUUGAAAGCACACCAUCGGAGCCACACUAGAAAGAGACUCUACAGGUGCAGUUACUGUGAGAAGCAGAGUGAUGCAGAUGGAUCCAGUUCUCAGCCCUGUCGUCACUGUGGUGGUAGGAAACCGUUUUGUUGUGACGUUUGUGGAAAAGCUUUCAAGAAGAAAAAAGGCUUAAUAUGGCACCAACGUAGACACACAGGAGACAAACUGAACUACUGCAGUGAAUGUGGGAAAGGCUUCCCCACACCAAGUGCAUUAAAACAACAUGAACUCUUCCACAGUGGGGUUAAAAAGCACCUCUGUGACCAGUGUGGGUCAUCCUUCAUCACUACAGGUGACCUAAAAGUGCAUAAACGAGUCCACACAGGAGAGAAGCCAUACAAGUGCAGAUACUGCGAGAAAAGCUUCGCACAUUCAGGUAAUCGUAACAUUCAUGAAGGUUUGCACGCUGAAGAGAACUACAACUGUGACCAGUGCGACAAGAGCUUUGGGAAUCUCAGUUCAUACUCCGAACACAAACGUUCCCAUGCUGCAAAUGAUCUGUUUCACUCUUACCAAUGUGCAAAAACAUUUACCUCAUUAUCUGGUCUGUCUGAACAUCAGUGUGAUCAUGCAGGGCUGGAAUCAUUCCCAUCACUGGAUCACAGUGAAUCUACAGAGACACAAAGCUCCUCUUCUGGUUGCAGGGUCAAACUUAAACACCUUGAGAUCCGGCUCCACAGAAUUCAGAUGGAAUCUCUUGGGUCUGAUGAGGUCACUCUUAUUUCUGGACUUCCAGUGAAUAAUCCUGAAUCUUAAAGGUACCAUCAGUAAUUUUUUAGGUUAGUUAUUUGGGGGCGGUAUUGUACUAAUAUAUUAGUGUGUAAAUAUAUUUUCCAAAAAAAUUGAUCCAUUCUCAUAAACUUAUAAUUAAUCCAUUAAAAAUAAAUGGGAGUAGGUUUCAGUUUGUGGACGCCGCCAUGUUGCCCCACCAUAUUUGAAUACAGUGGCUGGGAAGGACGUCUCCCUUCCAACAAUCAUGCUUUACAUAUGUGGCUACAGAGCAUCCACAGACGUAGUACACCAAAGUCGGAGGAGACAUGGAGGGACAAGAAGGAUCAAACCUAUGUUUUAGCAUUGGAGAAGAGGUCCCCUUUGCUUUCAAGAAAAGAAUGGGUCUGAUCCGACAAAAGGUGCCCGGUGAAAAUGCCUGGAAAUGAAAGUUGAGGUCUUUUGCCUCAUCUUUUAAUGUCAAACUCAAAUGCUUUCAGUCUGCAGCAAAAAUAAAGAGAUCACUGUUCUAAUAGGAACAGUGGAAGAGUGUAUGCCUGCUCUUCCUGGAUUUGGGGGUGGAUGUGGAGGACUGGGAGAGGUCAUCACAAGAUCUCUCUUCUCACAAUUAUCCUUGCCAAAGUCCACUCUCUUUGUAAUAAAGUUGACAUUCUUCAGGCAAAAGGUAUUUUUUCCCCAUGGGAUUAAAGGAGUUUUGCCUCAUCGCUCUGACAGACAUUGCUCAAGCAACAGGACUUAUAACCUGAGCUGGAAAUCAGUAUUUUUGGAGGACCACUGAGGCUCGAUAGAGACCCAACCGAACUGGUAAAGUUCCGAGCCAGGGUCCCUGUCUUUAUAAUAGGGCUGCAACUAUCAAUUAUUUUAGUAAUCGAGUAUUGAUUAUUUCAUCAAUUACUCGAGUAAUCAGAUAAGAAGUACUUCCUUCGUAUUAACAGUUCAUCUGCAUAUUUUAAUUUCCGUACUGCAGUUUUUCUCUGUAUGUGAAACAAACAGGGUGGAUGGAACAGCUACAAAGUUCCCUUUUUUUCACUUGCUGAUUUAGGUGGUUGAUGAAAGACCUCCAGCUGUUUCCCAGAAAAAGUUUAAUGGUGGUUACAGGGGGGGAGCUUCUUUUGGAUGCUAGAAAAACAUUUCCUCACGUCUCUAUAACGGCUCUGCCUCUUUGUGCUUGUGCAGACAGACUGCAAUUAAAACAGCUGACUGCUGCUGUUGUGUUAUCAGUGUUUAUGUUGAAAAACAUUACGCUGCAAGAGCGUAAUGUUGUAAUGCUUUGUAUUCACAGGCAUUAUCCUAAAUUCGUUUUUACUGCAGGUCUAUAUUUAGUCACUAGUCAGGGAUUAAAGCAUAAAACAUAUUUUGACGGGAUAGCUAGUGCUAAUAGCGGUGCUCACAAGCAGUAUUCUGUGAUUAUAGCAAGCUGUUCUGCGAGCUUCACACAUGCGCAAUAGCAUUCAGUGGCAUGUUUAGUCAUGGUGGCAACUGGUGAAAGAACAGAAUGAGACGUCUUGUCCGUCUAUCUCUGGCGAGCUUCACACAUGACGUAGAAUUCCAUUUCCGGGUCCAAACUGUCACAUGAUCAAUAUGCCACAAUGCUGUGUCCCUGGUCAUUUUACCAAUGAGAAGGAGAAACAGAAAUGGCUGCAUUUGAUAAGGUAUGCUAUAAUCAUCUUUAAUAGUGAACAGUCAUUGUUAUACCAUUGCUGUUUAUUUAGGAGCAUUUGGACCCAGAAAUGACGUCAGACUUAAAGACUGCUACUGGUGAAACUGUGCCAGCUUUGUU